AUGAUGAAAUUAACGGAAUCAUUUUAUUAUCAAGAAACACGUGGUCUAUGCGGUCGAAAGCUUCUACGAGAAAUUGGUGAAGACGGUCAGACUAAAAUUCAUCUUCACGCAUACGAAAGUUGGCCAAAACCAGCUCUAAUUUCAUACUGGACAAUAAAAACCGUCUGGUGGUCGAAAACAAAAUGUCAAAUUAUUGAACAGCAAGGCCAUCGAACGAGUAUUACAAAAGGUCACAUGAGAUGUUUGGGUAAUGGUCGUUUGGAAAUAACUGGACAAUUCCAACGGCAUACAGAUGCUUUCUUUCGUCUUCUUCUAUCAUCACAAAUAACUGCCGAUGAUGUAUCCGAUGGUUACAUACUUUCCGGAGAUCUUGAACUUGGCGAUACGGAAGAUACCAUGCAGCAAAGUCAUUUUGCAGUUGUGAAACUUGAUCAACAACAACGACAGGAACAAUCGCUUCAUACUAUGGAUGACUUUAUUCGAAAAGCACGAAAUUUAGUAUUGUUCGGUUGUGCAUAA